AAUCGAUGUGUCAACAUGAUUGCCCACCUCUUCAACGCUCCCCUCGGUGACUCCGAGACCGCAAUUGGGGUCGGCACGGUCGGCUCAUCAGAAGCCAUAAUGCUCGCCGGACUCGCCUUCAAACGACGAUGGCAGAACAAAAUGAGAGCUCAGGGGAAACCCUAUGACAAGCCCAACAUUGUCACAGGUGCCAAUGUUCAGGUUUGUUGGGAGAAAUUUGCUAGAUAUUUUGAGGUGGAAUUGAAGGAAGUGAAGCUGAGAGAUGGGUACUAUGUUAUGGAUCCUCAGAAGGCCGUUGAGAUGGUGGACGAGAAUACAAUAUGUGUUGCUGCCAUUUUGGGCUCUACUCUCAAUGGAGAGUUUGAAGAUGUAAAGCUGCUGAAUGAUCUGCUUAUGAAGAAGAAUAAGGAGACAGGAUGGGAAACACCAAUACAUGUGGACGCGGCUAGUGGGGGAUUCAUAGCGCCGUUCCUGUACCCGGAGUUGGAAUGGGAUUUUAGGCUUCCCCUUGUUAAGAGUAUUAACGUGAGUGGGCACAAGUAUGGGCUUGUCUACGCCGGCAUCGGCUGGGUUAUUUGGAGAAGCAAAGAAGACCUGCCAGAAGAACUUAUCUUUCACAUCAACUAUCUUGGCGCUGAUCAGCCCACCUUCACCCUCAAUUUCUCCAAAGGGUCAAGCCAGGUGAUUGCGCAAUACUAUCAGCUAAUUCGCCUGGGCUUCGAGGGUUACAGGAAUAUAAUGGAGAACUGCCAGGAAAACGCAUCCAUCCUCAAAUCCGGCCUCGAGAGCACCGGCCGGUUCACCAUCGUCUCCAAGGACCGUGGCGUCCCGCUCGUCGCCUUCUCUCUCAAAGACCGAAGUCGACAUGAUGAAUUCGAAGUCUCCGACUACCUCCGCCGGUUUGGCUGGAUAGUUCCGGCCUACACAAUGCCGCCGGAUGCGCAGCAUGUGACGGUUCUCCGUGUCGUCAUCCGUGAGGAUUUCAGCCGCACGCUGGCCGAGCGCCUUGUGGCCGACAUCCAGAAGGUUCUGCACGAGCUCGAUGCACUGCCGUCCAAGUUCUUGGUGAUUGCAGCUGGGGCUGAGGGGGCGGCGGAGAAGGCGGAGAAGGUGGCUGGUAAGGAUGGGUUGAUUGUAGUGAAGAAGUCGGAGAUGGAGACGCAGAGGAAGGUUGCUAAAGCUUGGAGGAAGUUCGUUAUCGCGCAUAAGACCAAUGGGGUUUGCUGAUUGGUUGAUGAAUGUCUGUCAUGAUCAGAGUUUUGCUUCAUGUGUAUUAACUAUUAACUGAUUAUUUAGUGGCGCAAAACAAACUUUUAAAUGUUGAGGGCCGUUGGUUUUCUUUCUAUUUAUCGCCCGUGUUUUAAACUUCAUUUUUAUUUCGCUAUUGCUAAAUGUCCGCUUCUUUAA